AUGACUGAAUACUCUUCCGACACGUUCAAGGCUCUACUCGGCAAACUCGUCAAGACGCCCGAGUACUUCAGUCCCGACGACCUCCGAGUAGCACUAGAACAUGUGUUCACACCGGAUGCGGUUCUCCCCGUGCAGAUCGGCUCAUUCCUUACCGCGCUGCACAUCGAGCGCGUCGAGAGAAGACCAGAAUGUCUCGCUGCUGCAGCGCAGGUCUUACGCGAGCGUGCCCUGAAGGCUGCAGUCGAGGACGUAGAGCGUGACUUUGUGGUCGACAUCGUGGGGACCGGCGGGGACGGACACAACACAUUCAACGUGAGUACAACUGCAGCGGUUGUUGCAGCGGGGGCUGGUGCUAGAGUGAUCAAGCAUGGCAGCCGCGCAUCUACAUCCUCGUCUGGGUCUGCGGACCUACUGCAGUCACUCGGUUGUCUGUUCGUGCCCCCUACCGCAGGGACACCUGUGCCCAUCGCAACUAUCCCGUUCACCUUUAUUCUCGCACCCCACUACCACCCCGCGCUGGCUAUGAUUGCACCAUACCGCAAGGCACUCCCACACCGCACGAUGUUUAAUGUGCUCGGGCCGCUCAUCAAUCCCGCGCGGCCGCGCGGCAUGGUGCUCGGUGUUGCAGAACGCGAGCUCGGGCUGACCUUCGCUCAGUCGCUCCGCGCAGGCGGUGUCGAGCGUGCAUUCGUUGUGUGUGGUGCAGAAGGCCUCGACGAGAUCAGCUGUGCAGGCGCGACAUAUGCUUGGGAACUCGCCGCGGACGGGCGCGUGACGGAACACACGCUGCAGCCCGCUGACUUUGGGUUACCCGCACACCCUCUCGGGGACGUUGCAGGCGGGACGCCGGAGGAGAACGCGGAGACAUUCCGGUUACUGCUGACAUCGGGAGAGGACAUUCCCACGCGCUUGGAGCCAGUGUUGCAUUUUGUGUUGAUGAAUGCGUCCGCAUUGUUGGUGGUUGCGGGCGUCGCGCGGGAUUUCAAGGACGGGGUAGAGAAGGCGAGGCAGAGUAUCACAUCGGGCGAGGCGUGGAAGGCGCUCGAAAAGUUCCGCAAUGUCCUGAAGGCAACGGUAUGAUGUACAGAAGAAAGCUAUUGUGUACAAUUCCUUGUAUAGAUGCGCGACUUGUAGCCCGUUAGAUCUGCUCGAUGACACAAUCUACCACUGCACUUCUUUUCUC